AUGAAUUAAGAAGAUGAGCUUGAGGGUGAUAUGAUCGAUACCACCCUUGAGAAGUUCGAAUCUUACGAGCAGUACUUGGACGACCACAUGUCUGAUGAGGAUCUCUUCUAUCUUGAAGAUAAGGAGCUGGCACGCUAAUUGAUUGAGGUCGGAUACCAUGGAAAAGGAGAAAUCUUGACUAGAGAAUAGUUCGCUAAGCGUAAAGCUGCGAUAGCAGAAGCAAAGAAAAAUAAAAAUGCCAAUCAACCUAAGGCACUGUCCCAUGCAGGCACAAAGAUUGACCACUCUCCAUUCUUAAAGGAGUUAGCUUAGAGAGAAGAGUUAGUUAGAAAUGGCAGAAUGACUACAAUCAUCUUUAUAAGGGAUUAGAAGAAGGGCAAAAACGAGAUAAGCGGUUACAUUGACCUCGCCCACAGACUCAAGACUGAAGACUUUAGACUGUAUUUCGAGGGCAAAAAGACUCUGCUGCCCAAGCCAUCUGAUUUGUCGUACUAUAACUGGGAUGCUCAGAACUGCACUCUAAAUGAUUCACCUAAUUUCAGAGUCGAUGCCAACUCAGAUGCAGGACUGCUAUUUAGAAAUAAAAGAGACAGAAAGGUCAUUAAUGUUGACCCCAACAAGGAUCCCCCUGGUGAUGGUACCAAGAGAGUAGAAAUUCAAACCGAUGAGUACACUCAGGUCGUUUUCUUUGAUCAUAUCACUAGAAGAAAGCAUUGA